CAGGGCGCUCCCCGGGCUCUCCCGCAGCCGCCAGUCUAUCGCCCACAGCAGCCGCGCUCGCUGCUGUGAGCGGCGCGGCUUCGGCCCGGCCGAGGCGACGAGCGGCGCGGGCCCGCACCCGUGCCCGGGGCGGCGGCGGCGGCGGGGAAGGCGCUGCCCGCGCCCGCGGGCGGCUCCGCGCGGCGGAUGCGUGUGCAUGAGCGCUGCACCGAGCGGGCGCAGGAAGCGCCCCCGCUCCGCCGCCUCCAUCUUCCAGGGCAGCAGGACCUCGCCGCACGGCCGCGACAGCGAACGCCGGGGCAGCGGCUCCGAUAGCGCCUACCAGAUCCAGAGAACCCUGGACGACUGUAAGAUGCUUGUCCAGGAGUUCAAUACCCAGGUGGCUCUCUAUCGGGAGCUGGUCAUUUCUAUUGGGGAUGUCUCAGUCACCUGUCCUUCUCUGCAUGCAGAAUUGCACAAAACUCGAACCCGAGGAUGUGAGAUGGCCUAUCAGGCUCAUCAAAAACUAGCAGCAAUUUCUGGCCCAGAAGAUGGUGAAAUCCAUCCUGAAAUCUGUAGACUAUAUAUCCAGUUGCAGUGUUGUUUAGAAAUGUACACAACAGAAAUGCUAAAGUCCAUAUGUCUGCUAGGAUCGCUGCAGUUUCAUCGUAAAGGAAAAGAACCUUGUGGCCCACCCAAGAUCUUAGAUGCUAAAGUGGAGGAGAGUUCUGAAGUACCUAUUUUAGAAGACACGUCAUUAUCACCAACAGAUAUUCAACAGCAUCUAUGGCAGGUUUCUACAGAUAUUGAAAACACUGAAGGGGAUAUGAGAGAAAUGAAAAACCUUUUAAGUAAACUCAGGGAGACUAUGCCUUUACCAUUGAAAAAUCAAGAUGAUAGCAGCCUCCUAAACUUGACUCCCUAUCCACUGGUAAGAAGACGGAAGCGAAGAUUCUUUGGAUUGUGUUGUCUUGUCUCAAGUUAGAAGAUUAGGCACAGAAGCACCAUGGAAAUCAUGACUUUGAUUAAACCACUAUUAUUUGACCACUGAAAAGAUGAAAGUAUAAAGUAUAAAGUAUAUUUUCUACACUAGUCUAUUCAGUUUUGUCUUCUGCUCCAUCCCCCUUUCCAAGUAAGAAUUUUAAUACUUUCAAAUUAUGGUGGUCAAAAAAUGGCUGUGGAAUAGAUCUAGCAUAUUUAAAAUUUUUAAAGUAUGUUUUGCAUGCUUACUUUCAAUCACUCAAAGAAGACACAUGAAUUAUGAUUCACAUAUAAUUUUAGAGGGUUUUUUUAAUUGUUUGAGCUGCAGCUAAAAGUUUGUGUGUAGUACAGUACUCUUACUAGUAUCAUAUUAAAAUCAUACGCUAACAGUCUUCAAGCAUAGCAGAAGAACAUUUGAUUAUUCUCUCACAGUCUUUAAGCAUAGGAAACUAUUUAAGAGCAAAACUAUUAAAGUUCUAAGACAUUCAAACAAUACUGUAACAGAAUUUGUACAAAAUCUCCAGUUGCUUUUUUUGUGCUCUCAUUCAUAUUUAGUCUUCCACUGUAUCUCAAAUUCAAAGCUUUAUAGAAAAAUAUCUUAAUUUAUGAUAAAAAAAUCAUAUAUGAAAAUAGAUAGGACUUGUAAAUACAGAAAAAUCAAUAUCUAUAAACUGUACAAUGCUUAGAAGCAACAAAUUUCCUUUUCAGGCAAUGGUAUAUCUACAAGCUUUUGAAAAAAAUAAAUAAUUUAUUAAAAGAAGGCCUAUUAAAAUAAACAAUGUAAAACACAAUGCCAACUCAUUUUGUUGCCAGUAGAAUUCAAAGCAUGAUGUCUGCAUAUCAAGUAUUGAUCUUAUAAGGCAUGCCAAAAUUAUCUCAGACUGUAAGAUACUAAACGUUUUACAUUGUUAAUAAAGUUUUUUAUUUAAAUUAA